GCGGAAAGUGACCUUGCAAGAUGUUCAGCAAGCUGCCUCAAUGUGGGGCUGUUGCCCACAGAGCAAUCUUCAAGCAGCUGCUAAAACGUCACAAGGCGACUGCAGCAUCAAAAAACCUUUGAAUACACCUUUUAAGAAAUUAUCAGGGGAUUAUGUGUCUACAUUCGAGAUUGAGGGAAAGAAAGUGCUGAAAGUGAAACCUGAAGCCCUGACUCUCCUAGCAGAGCAAGCCAUGAUAGACAUUGCCCAUCUUCUGAGACCUGCCCAUUUACAACAAUUGGCUAAUAUACUGCAGGAUCCAGAGGCCUCUGGCAAUGACAAAUAUGUCGCAUUACAGUUUUUGAAGAAUGCCAAUAUUGCGGCUGGUAUGGUUCUACCUGGUUGCCAAGACACUGGCACUGCAAUCAUCAUGGGCAAGAAGGGGCAGUAUGUAUGGACAGAUGGCCAAGAUGCUGCUGCUCUAUCAAAGGGAGUUUACAACACAUAUACAAACACUAACCUUAGAUACUCACAGGUUUCGGCAUUAGAUAUGUUCAAGGAAGUGAACACUGGCACCAACUUGCCUGCUCAGAUUGAGCUUUAUUCAACAGACUCAAGUCAGUAUGACUUUCUGUUUAUGGCAAAAGGUGGAGGAUCAGCUAACAAAACGUUCCUCUACCAGCAGACUAAAGCACUUUUAAACCCACAGAAACUCAUGGCGUUUGUGGAUGAGAAGAUUAAGACUUUAGGCACAGCUGCAUGUCCACCAUACCAUCUAGCAAUAGCUAUAGGAGGAACAUCAGCUGAGACAACUCUAAAGACUGUCAAACUAGCAUCAACAAAGUACCUAGAUGGGCUACCAACCUCGGGCAAUGAACAUGGCAGAGCCUUUAGGGAUGUUGAACUUGAGCAAGAGAUACAUAAGCUGACUCAACGCAUGGGGAUUGGUGCCCAGUUUGGUGGCAAAUAUUUCUGCCAUGAUGUGAGAGUUGUGCGCCUUCCAAGACAUGGUGCCUCAUGUCCAGUGGGGAUUGGAGUGUCAUGCUCUGCUGAUAGACAGGCAAUUGGCAAAAUUACAGAGGAGGGGGUGUUCCUGGAACAGCUUGAGACAAACCCUGGAAGAUUCUUACCUGAAGUAACAGCCAGUGACCUUAGUGGGGAAGUUGUACAGGUCAAUUUGAAUAGACCAAUGGCUGAUGUCCUCUCAGAGUUAAAUAGCUACCCAAUAAAGACGAGGCUUAGUCUGACAGGUACCCUGGUUGUGGCAAGAGAUAUUGCACACGCCAAGCUCUUAGAGAGAAUAGAGAGUGGCGAGGGGCUACCACAGUACAUUAAAGACCACCCAGUCUACUAUGCUGGCCCAGCUAAAACACCAGAGGGCUAUGCUAGUGGAUCAUUUGGACCUACAACUGCAGGGAGAAUGGACUCUUACGUAGACAAGUUCCAGGCAAAUGGCGGCAGUAUGAUUAUGUUGGCCAAGGGGAACAGAAGCAAGCAGGUGACAACAUCUUGCAAGACUCAUGGAGGAUUCUACUUAGGGUCAAUAGGUGGACCCGCUGCAAUUCUUGCUAAGAAUAGUAUCAAAAAGGUAGAAGUGCUGGAAUACCCUGAGUUAGGGAUGGAAGCAAUAUGGAAAGUAGAAGUUGAGGACUUCCCAGCAUUCAUAGUAGUGGACAAUAAAGGCAAUGAUUUCUUUAAGGAAUGGUCUGUAGAGUAAUUUUGCCACAUACUCAAUCAAUAGGGAAAUAUGAUACAUGUUAAUUAGUUUUUCCCAAGAUGUUCUGUUACAACUUUUUGCCAAAUUCUCAAUAACCCAUAGUAUUCCAGCUAAGGAAAUAUUCAAAAUGUCCAAAUAUCAGAAAUCAUGUUUUCAAAUUAUCAGCUGGGUGAUACACAAUUUUAGUUGAACAAAAAACUCCCAUUUCAAAACCUUGGAGCACUCUGCUCUCUUUUCAUUAAUGGAGAAAUCACUCUUCAUUUUGGUAAAGAAUAUAGUCUAUUCAUAAUUUACACAUUAAGAGAUCAUUGGCCUAUUAUUUUAGUCUAGUAUAGCUAUACAGUUCAUUAACUAGUACUGAGGGUCAUACAUUUGUGUAUGUCCAUGCGAAAAUGAAACAUGUCCGUGUAUUGUGAUGUGUUAAAUUAUAAAAUUGCCAAACGUUAAGGAAGGAGUAUUUGAAAAUGCUUGUAUAUAGUGAUGUAUAUUUUGUAAAAAUGAAAUAAUAUGUAAUGCUUAAGAAAUGUUGUAGCUAUGUCAUUUAAGAAAGAAUCUUACCUUCACCAUCAAGGGAGUUGGUCAAGUCUACACCUUGAAUUUCAAUGAACUUAUUCAACAUUGAAUUUCAAUGAACUUAUUCAACAUUGAAAAGCUCAACUGAGAUGUCUUUAUGAUGACGUAAAUGAAGCUAUUUGUAUUUUAUUUUGCCAAUGUAAGAAUUAUUUAUUUACAAUAUAUGGACUGACACAAGAAUUCUGGUGUUGCAUUUUCCAUGAUGAAUACUAAUAGGCUAUAAUUCUAAACAUAUAUUAUCUGUGUAUGUGUAUGUAUCUAUAUUUGCUACUUGCAUACUGGUUGUCUACCUGUAAAUCAUCAUUUUGUAACUAGCAUAUCAAGUAAACUGUUAUAUACAUUCAUGAAUAGUUUAUGUUCUUACGCUGGUUAGUUUGUGUCUGUGAAUACAGGUGGUGCCAAAUAUUGUAGAAUUGUUAUUUGCAAAAACCAAAAAUAUAGAAUUUAUUUGCAAAACUACAAAACUUUAUUCAAUUCUAGUAUACAAAAUAAACAAUUUAUCAAAAAAUGAUCACAAAAUUGAUAUUAAAAUCUACAAACUACAUUCUAAGUCCAUUCUCAUAGUCCUUUGUGUGUAGGGAUCUUUAUUCUGAAAAGCAGUAUUUCAUUUCCAGUGUCCUAAUUUUAGACACAAGAUCUGUUUU